CUAAUGAUUAAUAGCGAUACAAAGAAUGCCCCAUUUCCUGUAUUUUGUAAUUAUUCAAAUGUCUCCGGCGUCUAAUCCACGUCUUUGUUGACAGUUAAGAAGUUUCAGUCAGAAACGAAGCAUUAUAUGAGAAUAUUAUCAUAGAUUUUGUUCAGAGCUUCGAGUAGUUUUAAAAUGGAUAUAUCGGGGCUUUUUUGGGCUCCUGACUCAGUUCAAGGUUUUCGCCUUGGUAAAGUUAUCGACCUUGGAGCGGACACGAUUUCUGUUGAACCGCUUGACGAUAAAGGAAUGGCAAUUUGUGCGCCUUACGAACGUGUAUUUCCAGCAGAAAAAGAUAGCGAAAAAGAUGUUGAGGACAAUUGUGCUCUCAUGUUCCUUAACGAAGCUACACUAUUAAAUAAUCUUAAAAUUCGAUAUAAGAAAGAUUUGAUAUAUACAUAUGUAGCUGAUAUAUUGCUUGCAGUAAACCCUUACCAUGAGAUAAGAAGAUUAUAUUCCAGCGAAACAAUGCAGCAAUAUCAUGGAAAAUCCAUUGGUGUUCUACCACCUCAUGUAUUUGCUAUUGCUGAUAAAGCUUAUCGUGACAUGAGAUCUUUCAAGGAAAGUCAAUCAGUCAUAGUCAGUGGUGAAUCUGGAGCUGGUAAAACAGAGUCGACCAAGUAUAUAUUAAGAUAUUUAACUGAAUCAUGGGGAGAUGGUCAACAUGGUCACAUAGAACAGAGGAUUGUUGAAGCUAACCCUCUUCUCGAAUCAUUUGGCAAUGCAAAGACGUUGCGGAAUAUAAACAGCAGUCGUUUUGGAAAAUAUGUCGAAUUACAUUUCAACGAGAAGCCAAAAGUUGUUGGUGGCUUUAUUUCUCACUAUCUUCUUGAAAAAUCUCGUAUUUGCAAGCAAAGUUCUGGAGAAAGAAGCUAUCAUGUCUUCUACAGAUUAUGUUGUGGUGCACCGGCUGAACUCAAGACAUCCCUUGGCAUAACUAAGGCUAAAGACUUUCAUUAUUUGAAUCAAGGUUCAUAUGAAGUGCCAAGCCUAAAUGACACGCAAGAUUAUAAACUAAUGACUGAGUCCAUGGAAAAAGUUGGUUUUUCGUUGCAAGAGAAAGAUAACAUCUUUCGUAUUGUGGCAGCUGUUAUGCAUCUUGGAAAUAUUGCGUUUGAAGAAAAAUUGGAUGAUAAGCAAGGUGGCUGUAAAGUGUGCAAUAAAUGUGACAACUCUGUUCAAUUUGUGGCUAAGUUGCUUAAAGUGGAUCCUAGUGCAUUAAAAAUGGCGCUGACCACAAGACUGAUGUCUCAAGUGAAGCAAUUAGGAGGCCUAAAUGCUAGCGCUAUAAAAGUUCCAUUAAAGAUGGAACAAGCAACAGCAGCCAGGGACGCACUCGCUAAAGCUCUGUAUUCUCAUCUAUUUGAUCACAUCGUUUCACAAGUCAAUCAAUGCUUCCCAUUUAAAUCAUCCUCAACUUAUAUUGGUGUAUUGGAUAUCGCCGGCUUUGAGUUCUUUGAUGUGAACAGCUUUGAGCAGUUUUGUAUAAACUAUUGCAACGAGAAACUUCAACAGUUCUUCAACGAGCGACUCUUAAAGCAGGAACAAGAACUGUAUAAGAGAGAAGGACUUAAUGUCAAAGAAAUUAAUUUUAUUGAUAACCAAGAUUGCAUCGAUUUAAUCGAGUCGAAGAAUAAUGGAAUUCUUAUUCUUUUGAAUGAGGAGAGUAAGUUACCGAAAUCCACGUUUCAGCACUUUACAACUGAAGUAUUUCACAAGAAUAAAGGACAUUUUAGAUUGGCUUUGCCUAGAAAAUCUCAUCUGGUGAUUCACAGGAACAUCAAGGAUGACGAGGGAUUCUUAAUCCGUCAUUUCGCUGGUGCUGUUUGUUAUAGUACGUGUGAAUUCAUAGCCAAGAACAAUGAUGCACUUCAUGGUGAUUUAGAAAAUGUUCUCCAAAAGAGUCAAGAUGCUUUCCUUAUAAGUUUAUUCCCCAAACAAGAAACUGACAAUUUUCUUUCACCUACUAAAAAGAAACUUGCUUUUGACAGCAUCGGUAGCAAAUUCAAGAAUCAAUUGAACCAAUUGAUGGAGAAGUUGAGGAAUACGGGCGCGAACUUCAUUCGCUGUGUUAAACCGAAUAGUUCCAUGCAGUCGAAGAGUUUCGAAGGUGGAUCUAUAUUAAGUCAACUGGAAUGUGCCGGCAUGGUAUCGGUGUUACGUCUUAUGCAGGAAGGUUUUCCAUCAAGGACGUCUUUCAGCGAUCUUUACAAAAUGUAUGGAAGUUAUCUUCCUCAAAAAUUGGCAAAGCUCGAUCCACGUACAUUUUGUCAGGCGUUGUUUAGGGCCGUUGGUAUGGAUCCUGAAGAAUUCAAAUUCGGAAUGACAAAAGUUUUUUUUCGUCCGGGAAAGUUUGCUGAGUUUGACCAGAUUAUGCAAUCAGAUCCGGAAAAUUUAAAAGCGUUGGUUGCAAAGGUUGCUCGAUGGAUCAUUGUGAACCGUUGGAAAAAGGCCAUUUGGUGUGCAAUAUCCGUACAGAAAUUGGCUAACAAAAUCAAGUUUAGAGCCCAGGCUUGUAUUACCAUUCAGAAGUCUGUGAAAAUGUUUCUUUCUUGGAGACGCCAUCGACCGAGGUACCAAGGUAUCAUUGCCAUAAAAAGAUUACAUUCGCAACUGGAGAUAAUGAACUCGAUUGUUUCCGUGCUUAAGACUGACAAGAACAGUUUAACUAAACAGAUCACUGCCAUUGAAGCAGAAAUUGCUGCAGCUAUUCAGAAGAUUAAGUCGACGAUGUUGAGACGUGAACAAAUUGUCCAACUGUAUCGAAGUUUGGAAGUGAAAGUGAAUGCUCAGUUGGUGCAGCUGCAAAAACAAAAAGAACUGGAAAAGAAGAGAGAGGAAGAAGAGAAACUAAGAAAAAUUCAAGAGCAAAUGUUGUUCGAAAAAAAGCGAAGAGAAGAAGAAGAAAGACGAAAGAAAGAAUUGGAGGAAGAGGCCAGAAUUAAAGCGGAAAUGGAGGUUGAGCGAAGGAAAGCUGAAGAGGAGGAGCGAAAACGAAAAGAAAUCGAGAAAGCUAAAGAGAAAGAAAGAGAGGAACAGCGUCGUAAGGAAGAAGCAGCGGAAAAGGCUAGACAAGCAGCAUUGGAACAAGAACGACUGGAUCACGAAUUAGCUUUACGAUUAGCGAAGGAAUCCAAUUCAAAUGUUGAGCCAAUAGAACAACCUAAAGCAGUAAACAAAAACGCGAAGGACAAGAAAUACGAUCUUAGCAAAUGGAAAUACGCCGAGCUUAGAGAUACUAUUAAUACUUCAUGUGAUGUUGAAUUGCUUGCUGCUUGCAAGAAAGAAUUCCAUCGACGACUAAAGGUUUACCAUGAAUGGAAAAACAAAAAUAAGGCAUCGAAAGCAAGUGGACAAGAAGGCGACAACACUCAACGAGCUCCUCAACAAGUUUUAGAAGAAGCUGCAUCGAAUCAACUUCAAGCCAACAAACCAGUCACCAGACUCCCACCAAGAAGACCACAACGAUAUUUCCGCGUGCCGUUUGUCAAGCCUGGUGACGAGUAUCGUGAGAGCGACUUCAAGAAACGUGGCUUCUGGUUCGCUCAUUUUGAUGGGCAGUGGAUAGCCCGUCAACUUGAGAUGCAUCCAAAUGGCGUAAACGUUGUCUUAGUUGCGGGAACCGAUGAUCUUGAUAUGUGCGAACUAAGUUUGGAUGAAACAGGUCUGACGCGAAAGCGUGGUGCAGAAAUAACGAAAAGGGAAUUUGAAUAUCACUGGCAGAAAUGUGGAGGAAGAACCGACGCUUACAAAGCACCUAAGUUUGAGUGAUAGAAAACAGUAGAACCAUUUGAGGAAACAUCUAUCGUGUUAGUUAGAUUGAGAUUUAUGGUAGUUAAUAUUGUUUCCUUUCAUUGGUAGAAAGCAAAAUUGAAUUUCUAUGAAAAGAAGCGCACGCACCCCCAAAAACAGGGGAGCUCUACGGUCUGGGACCGACUUUUGUAGUGUUUUUAUUUCAUAGAGAAAGUUUUAGCCGGACCAACUUUUUUCGUCCUUUAUCAGAUAAUGAAUUGAGUAUUUUUACAUAUUAGACAAAAGCUGGUGGGUCACCCUUCCCUGAUGUGCGCUCCUGUCUAUGUUAUGGUAAAAUUUUCUACGAAAUUUUAUUUCAUAGCUUUUUUUAAAGUAACUUAGAUUAAUGCAUGUAUUUAUUGAUAUUUCGAUGUAUUUAUAAUGCUUAGAUAGGUCAAAAUAAUAUUUUUUUAAUCCA